CUUUGGGAGAUAACAAUGGCGCGCUUUUUUGAUGGACGAGUUGAGAGCCCUGGUCGUUUCGAUUCUCUACAAGCUGAUGUUGAUGUUCUGGCAGAUGUAAGUGCGGCGGCAGUUCAGAACGUGGUACGAAUUACAUCCAACGAGUCACCACAUCUAAUAAAAAAAAUGCCCAAUAUAAAAGUGUUUAGUGGUACUUCUCAUCCUGAUCUUGCUCAAAGAAUUGUAGACAGAUUAGGUAUUGAUUUAGGAAAAGUUGUCACAAAAAAAUUUAGCAACCUAGAAACAUGUGUGGAAAUUGGAGAGUCAGUGAGAGGUGAAGAUGUCUACAUUGUCCAGUCAGGCUGUGGUGAAGUCAACGAUAAUCUAAUGGAACUUUUAAUUAUGAUAAAUGCUUGUAAAAUAGCUUCUGCCAGCCGUGUAACUGCAGUGAUUCCUUGUUUCCCAUAUGCCAGACAAGACAAGAAAGAUAAGAAAGAUUCAACUGAAAAAGAACUCAAUGUUGCGAAGUGGAAGUCAAUUGAAUGGAAAUUUAGGAGCCGAGCCCCGAUUUCCGCAAAACUAGUUGCUAAUAUGCUGUCCGUUGCUGGAGCAGAUCAUAUAAUUACCAUGGACCUUCAUGCAUCUCAAAUUCAAGGUUUCUUCGACAUUCCAGUAGAUAAUUUAUACGCGGAACCUGCGGUCUUGAAAUGGAUCAAAGAAAAUAUAGCUGAAUGGCGAAACAGUAUUAUUGUAUCUCCAGAUGCUGGUGGAGCCAAGAGAGUCACGUCAAUUGCCGAUAGGCUCAAUGUCGAAUUUGCUCUCAUUCACAAAGAAAGAAAGAAAGCUAAUGAGGUUGCUUCAAUGGUGUUAGUUGGUGACGUCAAAGAUAGAGUAGCUAUAUUGGUAGACGAUAUGGCGGAUACCUGCGGAACUAUAUGUCACGCUGCGGAAAAAUUAAUGGAGGCCGGCGCGACUAAGGUUUAUGCCAUUUUAACACACGGAAUAUUCUCUGGGCCUGCCAUUUCCAGAAUAAAUAAUGCUUGUUUUGAAGCAGUAGUUGUAACAAAUACAAUCCCUCAAGACGGUCAUAUGAAAGAUUGUUCCAAAGUUCAGUGUAUUGACGUAUCAAUGAUGUUUGCAGAAGCAGUUAGACGUACACACAACGGAGAAUCAGUAUCAUAUCUAUUUUCCAAUGUACCCUAUUAAUAAUAGACACAUAAUUUACAAUUUUAUAGAAUUGAGAUCUUAUCUGAAAUAUUAUUGAAUUAUUUUUUUAAAUUUAAUCUAUUAUUAGAUAUUGCGUAAAGUUACUCUUAAAUUGGAGCAUUAAAUAGUAAUACCUCAACACUCCACUCUACAUAUUAAGUUACCCUCCAGAUCUAUCUAGCAAUAUAUAUAUUUUAAAAUUCCGUGGAAUAUGUGAUUAUUGUUGAAUAAAUAAAUGUUAUGAGACACUGUA